AUGUCGUCCUCUGACGAAGUGCGCGAGGCACUCAUCGACAUGGGCGUCGACCCCGCCAAGUCGCACGCCGCUUCGACCAUGUUUGGCUCGGUCGACGCCGCGAUCAACUGGGUCUUCGGGGAGGGCGAGAAUCCGCCAGCACACGCUCCCCCUCCUCCAGAUUAUGUGACAGCGCCGCAACCACGUAAGCUUCGUCAAUGGCUCUGUCCAGCUAACAUGACAGCGCCCUCGCCUGCGAACGACCGCCCCGCGUUCGGGAGCAACAACCCCUUCGCGCAGCAAAUGGGGCAGCUGCCUGCGAUACCGCCUCCGCCGCCGAGGAGACCAGACGACGACACGCGGCACGUCCGUGCUUCGGCGCCGCCACCGAGUCCGGGCGUCGAGCAGCCGGAUCCGCUCGACGGCGUGCCCUUCUUCGGCCCGACGAACAAAGACGACCCGGACAAUAAGCUCGCCGUCGCGCUGCCAAAUGCGGCCUCGAAUUCGAACAAGGAGGAAGAAGACUUCCAGCGCGCCAUCCAGGAGAGCAUGAUGACUGCUAGCUUCCACAGUACCGGCAGCGCAGCCGCUGAGGAGCUUCCCCCAGCCGGCGAGCGAGAAGACGGACACACGGUGCAGAUGAUUCAGGCGCUGGCUGCCAUUCCGCAACUGAGGCAGGUGCUUGCCGCCAUUGACUGGAAGACCGACGACCCCUCCGGAGAACUGAGGAAGACCGAGGGGCACGAGCUCGAGAUUAUUCAGGAGCUGUUCAAGCUGCAGGAUACGGAGAAGGUGACGUACGAGGUUAUCGAUCCAGCUCUCGACCUGUUCCAGCACAACUACACCAACCCGAACACGUCCACCGUCUACGCUAACAUCACGGGUGAAUGGCUGCCGGGUCUCCUCAAGGUGCUGGGACAAGUGGGGCGCAACCGCGAGCAGUUGAUCGACUUUAAGACUGACGUCAGACUCGUCGCUACAUCACUACACAUCAACCCGGACGAGCCGCACCCGUAUGUGAUGUUUGAGCGCGGCUUCAACCAGCCGACCAACCUGCACGCGGCGCUUUCGAGCUUAAUCUGGGGCACGAGUCCCGGCGGAGGCGGUGGCGAGGGCGUCGAGGCGCUCGGUGACGUGCAGUUUGUGCAUUUGCACCGCAGUCCUGGCUUCCCCGCGCCGCAGUGGGAGCUCGAUGAGACAAUUGUGCUAGACAGGUACCUGCACCACAACCGUAGCUGGGUGACGCGGGUCCGCGCGGAGCAGAACUUCGCGGAGGCGGAGCUCGCACGCCUCAGAGAGAAGGUUGAGUCGCUGUCAAACUACAAGGUUGGUGUUGCGUUCCGAACUUUUGCUGACGAGCCAGGGGAACAACAUCUCCGAUGCUAUUCAAACCAUAUGGCCAACAGCCCCUCCUCGGACCCGGUGCAGAAGGAGUCAAGAGCGGAGCUGAAGGCGAAGAUCGCUGAGAAGCUGAACGAGAAGACGACGAAACUUCAGGAGGAGAUCAAGGAGAAGGAGAAGCAGACGUCUGGAGCUCUCUUCGAGACAGACGAGCCAGAGAAGACGCAACAUCGACAUCUCUACUCCUACGUUAAAGAAGGAGACCAGUGGUGGAAGAUUGGAGGAGUCGAGGCGACGAAGGAGAUUUCGUCCGACUCGACAGGCCAGUUCACCGACGGCGGACCGUAUUUGCUCAUCUACUCGCGUGACGGCCUGCGGCCGGCGGCGCCGCCGAGAUGGCCAGAGGCGCCACGAAACGUCGGAGUGUGGGGCGGAAUGGAAGGCCCAGGGGUGCACCCGGCGGACUGGAGCUCCUCGAACCUAAUCGACAUCGACGAGGACAGCGAAUGCCGACAAACACCCCUGGAGCCUGAGCACGAGACUCUGAAGGACGAUCUCCUCGCUCCCGGAACGACAAUCACGGCCGUGCCGGUACGAUCGCGUCGUAAUACGAUGGACAGUGAAGCGCUGUCUCGCGAGACGACGCGUGAGGAGAGGCGCGAGGGUGACAAGCGUCCGAGCACCAUCUCGUACGCUCCCCCGAGCCCUGUCGCCCCAUCCCGACAGGCGACGCACGAUUCGGCCGUGCUCAGCCCACCUUCGCGCAAGUCGAGCCUCAGUGGCGGUGUCCUGAGCCCUUCCGCACGCAAGGCGACUCUCAGCCCGAGUGCUUCUCGCAAGUCAACUCUCGAGUCCACUCGCAGCCCGUCACGCAAGGCGUCGGGAAGGGAGGGCACCCCAGGCCGCAAGAUGUCGACUUCGGGUGACACAAGCGCCGGUGUGCUGAGCCCGUCGCGGAAGAACACGCACGACAGCAUCAGGAGCCCGUCACGGCGAAGUACCACUGACACCGAUGCGACGGCCCGGGACAGAAAGCGGGAGCCAGACGGAGACCUGAUCAUGGAUUAA